AAUAAGGGCAUAGCUGUCGGAGGAUUCUUUAACACAUGCGCAAAGCGCCUCACCUGUGAGUGUAGAAAGGGGAGGAGGGAAAAGAGUAAGGGAUGACGUAACUUUCCUUCGCCGGAAGAGGUGACUGUUGCAUGAACGGAACGGAUUGGUGUGCGGGUUCUCUUUGAGUCUUUCCUGAAGCAUUAUGGCUGAAAAAUGGACCAGUGGGCACUCUUCUUCAAUAUUAUGUUUGAAUGUGAGCAAAGAUGGUCUGGUGGCUUCAGGAGCUGAAGGAGGGGAGCUCACCAUCUGGAAUGAGGAAGGGAGUCCACUAGAACAGAUAUGGCUCCAAAAAACAGCUGAUAUAACUAGUAUUGCAUUCUCUCCCACCUGUCCCAGAAGGCUGUAUGCUUCUCAUGGGGAAACUGUUAAUGUGCUGGAUAUCAGGUGUCUUAAAGAACCAGUUGAAUGUUUCCAUGUAAAUGAGGAAGAAAUCAAUUGUCUUUCAGUGAAUGAAACAGACAAUUUCUUAGCUGCUGCAGAUGAUUCUGGAGCAAUAAAGAUAAUUGACUUGGAAAGCAAGAAGUUAAGUCGUUGCCUGAGAAGACACUCAAAUAUUUGUGCUGCUGCUAUGUUUCGGCCUCAAAGGCCUCAGAGCCUUGUUUCAUGUGGUUUGGAUAUGAAGGUUAUGCUAUGGAACCUGCAGAAAGCUCGUCCACUAUGGAUUGUGAACCUGCAGGAAGGGGAAGCAGAGGAACAGUCACCUGGUCAACUCUUUAACCCACCCUUGGCCCAUUCUCUCUCUGUUUCUGCUUGUGGCAAUGUAUUUGGCUGUGGAGCUGAAGAUGGUAAAAUCAGAAUCUUCCGGGUAACAGGUGCCAGGUUUGAAGAGGAGGCAACGUUUAAGGGUCACUCCUUGGGGGUGUCGCAGAUUUUCUUUCUCCCAGAAGCAUAUUGGUUGGUUACAGGAGGAAAUGAUGGCAGAGUAUUGUUGUGGAAUAUCAGCAAUGAAGUGGAAAAACAGAAGAGUCCAGUCAAAGCCCUUCACAAAAGAAAGAGUAGGAUACCCACCACCAAAAAAGUUGACAAAAUGAAUGUAAAACUUACAAAUGAGUGUGAGCCAAUUUCACCAAAAUUAACAAUUGAACAUGGAGAAAAGGUGAAUUGGAUUUCAUAUGCAGAAAUUAAAGGCUCCAGGAGAGUACUGGUUGCUGAUCAGACUAGUAGUAUAUCUGUUUAUCCUGUUGCUGAACUAUAGGCAUGUUUUGUAACUAAUUCCUCAGCAUAUUAGGCCAAACGUUCUCUGAUGCACCUUCUCUCUUAUUACCUUUAAUAAGUUAAACUAAUUGCAGCUUUUGUAUAUUUUGCUGAAAGAAAAGUAUUUAUUUUGGCUGUUGACAAAGCUUGAAAUGAACUUGAAAUAAAAAAUCCUGUUAAUCAUAAAA